AUGUCUAAGCAAUCCGACUCCCCAACGCCUACCGCCUUGCUAUUCUAUAAGCUUCAGGACCUCAAUCUAGCGAGUACAACUCCUACUACGCAAUAUUGUACGGUCCUGCACUCUUCCAUAACCUCCCUACGCCCUAGGGACCUCCCUGGACCUCCUAGGAACCCCCUCAAGGGUCACCAUCUCGUCGUUCCAGCCACUACUAGGUCAUUCCCGUCCUCGGUCGCGGUUCUCGUAGCUCCCUUCGAGCUCCAGCCUGCUCCUAGCACGCUACAACAUAAACCUCCAUAUACCAAAACCUACCCUAAGACCUAUUUUGACCCAGGUCUUACAGCACCUCAAGAGUUCCAAUGGCAACUCAGUUCCCAAGUCCAGGGAUUCUAA